AUGGCGCCCCGCCUGCCGGCGCGGUGCUGGGCGACCACCCGCCUCCUGCUCGCCGCCGAGGCCCAGCCCCAUCCGACGACCCUGCCCUUCCUCUCCCGCACGACCGCCCGCGGCGUCAAGUACGGCUGGUCCACGCAGCCCCGGCGCGCCGCGAAGCCCACCCGCUUCAACCAGGCGACGGCCGGCCUGCCCGCCCCGUCCGCGAGCCCGGCCGCCGCCCUCCGGCGCAAGGAGAAGACGACGCCGCUGCGGACGGGCCUGCUCGCGACCAAGAAGGGCAUGACGGCCUUCUACACGCGCCGCGGCACGCGCAUCCCCUGCACGGUGCUGCAGCUCGACGGCGUGCAGGUCGUGGCCGCGCGGACGCGCGCGUCCAACGGCUACUGGGCCGUGCAGGUCGGCUGCGGCGAGCGCCGGGCCGUCACGGCCACGGCGCCGCUGCUCGGCUACUUCGAGGCCAAGGGCAUCGCGCCCAAGCAGCACCUCGCCGAGUUCCGCGUCCGCGGCAAGGAAGGGCUGCUGCCCGUCGGCGCGGAGCUGCGCCCGGACUGGUUCCACGUCGGGCAGUGGGUCGACGUGCGCAGCAACAGCCGCGGCAUGGGCUUCGCCGGAGGCAUGAAGAAGCACGGCUUCAAGGGCCAGGAGGCGAGCCACGGCAACUCCAAGAACCACCGCACCAUCGGCACGACGGGCCCCUCCCAGGGCAGCGGCUCCCGCGUCAUGCCCGGCAAGAAGAUGCCCGGCCGCAUGGGCAACGAGCGCGUCACGGUGCAGAACCUCAGCGUGCUCAUGGUCGACAACGAGCUGGGCAUCGUGGUCGUCAAGGGCGCCGUCGCCGGGCCCAAGGGCGCCCUCGUCAAGAUCCAGGACGCGGUCAAGAAGCCCGACCCGUCCAAGGACUUUGUCGAGAAGUCGCUGCAGCUCGUCAACGAGCGGAACCCCGACGCGGCGGAGCUGCUCGAGGCCGCGAGGGCCAAGCAUCUGGAGCUCAAGGCCAUGAGGAAGGAGGGCAGGAUAGCCGAGCUGCUGAAGGACGGCAUGAGUGCCAGGACGACGAUGGGAGCGGUGGCUGCUGCGGAGAUGCUGGAUACGACAGCCAAGCCAGAGGAGACUGCGACUUUGUAA